AUGUCGUCCUCUUCCUCCUUUCCCAUCGCCGUCGAUCCCGUCGCGUUAGUGACAACAGAAUGCAUUACCGUGACCUCGGCCAUGCGGAAACAUGCCCGAUGGGCUCACUCCUCCGUUGCGGCCAUUCUGGGCAGCGGUACUGUCUCCCGUGUUUAUGAUCGGGAUAAUUCUACCCCUUCUAGCCCGCUUAACGGAAACACACCUACUCGCCCAAGGUCCAGGCUCUCCUCAGCGGAAGAUGAUCAUGCCCUCGCCAAUCGGUGGGGACUGCGGGGGAAGAAGGGCAAGAGCAUACAGGAUAACCCUCUGAUAUCUGCCUUUACCCGACUACGGAAUGACCUCAGAGAUUGCAAAGACAUUAAGUCGUUCGACGCCCCGGCCUUGCUACACCCAUUCCUUCAGGUCGUCCGCUCCUCUUCAACUUCCGCCGCAAUCACUUCCCUUGCCCUGCUCGCCUUGACCAAGUUAUUCUCCUACAAAAUUAUCGACCGCAAUUCUCCGAGGAUCUCGAUGGCCAUGCAGCUGCUGUCUGCAGCAAUCACCCACUGCCGGUUUGAAGCCAGUGAUUCUGCCGCCGAUGAGAUUGUGUUGCUGAGGAUUCUGAAGUUGAUGGAAGGGAUGCUAGCGGGGCCAGAGGGAGAACUUCUUGGGGAUGAGAGUGUCUGUGAGAUGAUGGAAACAGGUUUGAGCAUGUGCUGUCAGGUCCGCCUUUCGGAAGUGCUCCGGAGGUCUGCCGAGAUUGCUAUGGUCAACAUGUGUCAGGUCAUAUUCAUGCGGCUGUCAGUAUUGGAUGCCAAUGCAGAACCCUCGGAUAACGAGACACGACUGCCGGAUCACUCUGACGAGAGCGAGCAAACAAACUUAAAAAUGGAUCCAUCUGUCGAUGGAAAUACAGUCGCUUCGCAGCACCCUUCUGCCAUGGGUUCGGACACCGCUGUCACGGACCGCGACCAUGCCAGCUACGAUAGUUCAUCUGACCAAGCGCUGAAUGGAAACGCGGUUGCCGCCCCACCAAACCCCGAAGAUGACCUGGGUGAGGAAGUAAAACCUUACUCGUUGGCUUCAAUUCGUGAGCUAUUUCGCGUGCUCAUCGAUCUCUUGGACCCGGAAAACCGGCAACAUACGGACCCCAUGAGAGUAAUGGCGCUACGAAUAAUUGAUGUGGCACUGGAAGUUGCUGGUCCCUCGAUUGCUAGACAUCCUAGCCUAGCGUCUUUGGCACAAAAUGAUCUAUGUCGGCAUCUCUUCCAGCUUGUCCGGUCUGAGAACCUGGCGAUCCUCACUAGCUCUCUUAGGGUGGCUGGCACACUGAUUCUGACCUGCCGCCCCGUGCUGAAACUCCAGCAAGAGCUCUAUCUAUCAUAUCUGGUUGCGUGUCUCCACCCGCGGGUCGAAAUACCUAGGGAGCCAGGCAUCAACCCUGCUCUUUAUGAAGGAGUUCCGCAAGCACCUAAGGUGGUGAAACCGCCUCCUUCGCAGAGUAGCAGCGGGCGGUCAACUCCAGUGGCCGUGAAGGAUCGACAGAAGCUUGGGCUGGAGGGCGGCUCCAGGAGGCCGGAAACAAGAGAAGCGAUGGUCGAGAGCAUUGGCGUACUAGCGCGCAUUCCCAGCUUCAUGGUCGAGCUCUUUGUCAAUUAUGACUGCGAUGCUGAUCGUGCUGAUCUGUGUGAGGACAUGAUAGGCCUACUGUCUCGGAGCGCAUUCCCCGAUUCAGCGACAUGGAGCACCACCAACGUUCCUCCGUUGUGUCUCGACGCCCUCUUGAGUUACAUUCAGUCUAUUUACGACAGACUCGAUGACGUUCCUGCAACAGAAGGGUUCCCCUCAAAAGAACGUCUGAGACAUCAACGAGACACGAAGAGGAUUAUUGUGCAUGCCGCCCAGAAGUUCAACAGCGACGAUCCUAAAGGGGCGAUAGCUUAUUUGACCUCCCAUGAUGUGAUUGAGAAUUCUGAUGAUCCUGUACAGGUUGCCCGUUUUUUGAGAGGAACUACCCGAUUGUCAAAGAAAGUCCUUGGAGAAUUUAUUUCCAAGCGAUCCAACGAGGGCCUUCUCGACGCCUUCGUCGAUCUGCUUGAGUUCACUGGCAAAUCUGUGGUUGACGCUCUUCGAGACUUACUCGGUGCAUUCCGGCUUCCCGGCGAAUCAGCAUUAAUCGAGCGAAUCGUCUCUACAUUCAGUGAAAAGUAUAUCGAGAAAGCUCAGCCCUCGGAGGUUGCUGACAAGGAUUCGCUGUUUGUCCUAACUUACGCCAUCAUCAUGCUGAACACCACUCUCUACAAUCCUAACAUGAAAGCUCAAAGUCGUAUGUCCUGUGCCGACUUUUCAAAGAACUUGCGAGGCCUUAAUGCAGGCCAGGACUUUGCUCCCGAGUUCCUAGAGAAGAUUUAUGAUUCUAUUAAACAAAAUGAAAUCAUUCUACCGGAUGAACACGAUAACAAACACGCAUUCGAUUAUGCUUGGAGGGAAUUAUUGUCAAAGUCCGCUUCCGCCGGUGAACUAGCCGUUGGUCAAACCAAUGUCUUCGAUGCAGACAUGUUCGCGGCUACCUGGAAACCUGUAGUCGCGACCUUAUCUUAUGUCUUCAUGUCUGCCUCGGACGAUGCGGUAUACUCUCGUGUGGUAAUGGGAUUUGACCAGUGCGCUCAAAUAGCAGCCCGUUAUGGUUUGACGGAGGCAUUUGACCGCAUUGUCUUUUCCCUUGCCUCAAUCAGCACCCUCGCCACUGCGAGGCCUCCUAGCACCGCUCUCAACACUGAAGUGCAGGCUGGAAACAAGAGUGUCAUGGUCAGCGAGCUGGCCGUGAAGUUUGGGCGAGACUUUAGGGCACAAUUGGCUACGGUUGUGCUCUUUCGAGUUUUGGCAAAUAACGAGAAUUCGCUUCAGCAGGGCUGGGCUCAUGUCAUUCAGAUUCUUCGAAAUCUAUUCAUCAACUCCCUCAUUCCGCCAUUCGAUUCUACACUGAACGCAGAUUUCGACAUCCCCCCAAUCCCGUUGCAACCACCUUCGCAGGUUGUAGACCGAGACGGACGGGGCAAUGACACGGGGCUACUGUCUGCCUUUACAUCUUACCUUUCUAGCUACGCAGCAGAUGAUCCUCCGGAGCCGUCAGAUGAAGAGCUUGACAACACACUGUGCACUGUAGACUGCGUCAGCGCAUGUUCUAUUGACGACCUCCUUUCGAAUAUCAGAACCCUUCCCCUGGAAACGGUGUCGACGAUAGUAGAAUCACUACUUGCUCAGUUGCCUGAGGAAAGUGCCCCAGCGGUCAUUGUUGUGAAGCCUGAGCGGCCACUUCCCUCCACGAGAGCGAAUUCCAGGCCAGACACUGGUAAAGGUCAAUACGAACCCGGAAUGAUGUACCUGUUGGAAUUGGCCGCCAUUCUUACGCUCCGCGACCAACAAACAAUUGAAAGCCUCGGCGAAGGACUCCUGGCCUCUCUUCAAGGUUUCAUUCGAGAUGCUAGGAACCUUCACUCUCUGGCACUAUCGCGGGUGACAACUUACUUAUUGAACCUACUCCGGUUGAGUCAUGAACAACCCUUCACUCGCGUUCCCGUCAUCCUUCAUGGAAUUUCUAGUUUUGACCAAGACACCUUAGAGAGCGUCGCCGUUCCGAUCGUUAAAGGCCUUUCACGAUGCGUUUUCGAUGGCAACCUUUUGCGGAAUGAGAUCACUGUUUCACCGGACUUCUGGUCCAUCCUACAACGCUUGCACCAGCACAAAGAAGCCGCGCCCUUGGUCUUCAGCCUCCUCAAGGCUGUUGUUGAUUCGAACCCUCCUAUAGUUACCGCUGAUAACUAUGAAUCUGCUGUUAGCCUUGCAAAUGAGUUUAUCAGUGCGGGAAGCGUAGGCUACAUCGAGGAACGGCAGAGAGACGUCCUUGCGCGGCGUUCAAAGGGUGUCAAGCAACCAAAACAAAGCGAAAACGAAGUCGUCUCUCGCGGUGUGACCGCUAUUGGCCUCAUCUACCAACUUACUAGUCGAGCUCCGACCCUAAUCAAGCAGUCACACCUGGAGGACGGUGAAGCUUGGUCAGCAUAUUGGUCACCGAUAUUCCACUCUCUGACCUCACAGUGUACCAACCCUUGUCGGGACAUUCGGCAUCACGCUGUAUCGACUCUACAACGGUCCCUCUUAUCCGUCGACAUUGAAUCCGAUAAGGAAUGGACAGCCAUCUUCGAUCAGGUUCUCUUCCCGUUAAUCCUGCGGCUAUUGAAGCCGGAAGUCUUCCAUUCAGACCCCCUCGGAAUGGGCGAGACUCGUGUUCAGGCAGCAACUUUGGUCUGCAAAAUUUUCCUGCGUUAUCUCGACCAGCUUCCGAACGCUGAGGGCAUGCUAGAACUAUGGCUCAAGAUCCUUGAUAUCCUAGACCGGAUGAUGAACAGCGGUCAGGGAGACAGUCUCGAGGAAGCCAUUCCCGAAAGCAUCAAGAACAUUAUUCUAGUCAUGGCAGACCAAGGCCACCUCGUCCCACCUACCCAAGACCCCAGCAAAGAGAACAUUUGGACCGAAACAAAGAAACGCCUAGAGCGCUUCCUACCGGAUCUCUUCAAGGAAAUCUUCCCCGACGUGCCUCUGCCCCCUCCCGCGCCGAAGGAGAACCCGCCAGCAUCGGCCCCUAGCUCUCCUCCACCAACCAACACAGUUACCACCGAUACCCCUGAUGAAAAGGAGAAUCAGGCACUUGCUCCUGAAGUUCUCAAAACCGAUGUUGAGAGGGCUCCUGAAAAGGCGGACUAA